AUGUGGCUGCUCCCACCCCUGUUCCUCCUUAUUGUCCCAGGCUCAUCAGUUGACAUCUCGGGUCCAGAAGCAGUGAGAGGUCUGGAGCAGGGAUCGCUGACUGUGCAGUGUCACUAUAAACCAGGGUGGGAGGCUUCCAAGAAGUGGUGGUGUCGAGGGGCUGAUUCCGGCAACUGCAAGACCCUUCUUAUAACCAAUGGAUCAGCGUUUGGGAUGAAGGAGCGUGUGUCCAUCACAGACGAUAAGAGAAACCACACGUUCACUGUGACCAUGAACAAGCUCAGGCGAGAAGAUACAGACACUUACUGGUGUGGGAUCGAGAGAACUGGACGUGACCCUGCGGUCCUUGUUAAAGUGACCAUUGACCCAGGCUCAUCAGUUGACAUCUCGGGUCCAGAAGCAGUGAGAGGUCUGGAGCAGGGAUCGCUGACUGUGCAGUGUCACUAUAAACCAGGGUGGAAGGCCUCCAAGAAGUGGUGGUGUCGAGGGGCUGAUUCUGGCAGCUGCAAGACCCUUGUUAUAACCAAUGGAUCAGCGUUUGGGAUGAAGGAGCGUGUGUCCAUCACAGACGAUAAGAGAAACCACACGUUCACUGUGACCAUGAACAAGCUCAGGCGAGAAGAUACAGACACUUACUGGUGUGGGAUCGAGAGAGGUGGACAUGACCCUGCGGUUUCUGUUAGAGUGACCGUUGACCCAGGUAAGAGCACAUGCAUGUGUGUCUGUGUCCUUUCAGGGCCUGCUCUGCCCUGGUCCCUGAGGUCCCUCUCCAGUGACUGA